AUGGCGCCCUCAGCCACCAACACCGAAUGGGACCACGAGUACCACACUCUCCGCCGAGAGAACCUCUUCCGAAACCCUCCCAAGGAUCAUACUGCGUAUCCCGCUCUUCAAUUAGCCAUCAAUCCCCAUAUUGAGUCCUUCAAUGGACUCUUCCGCGACGAUGGCAAGCCCGGCUUGCUCACGCAUGGUCUGGCCGACAUUGGCACCAAGACCUUUCUUGACGGUGACGAGCGGGCUGGACCUCAAGGCAAGAACCGCUUGACCAUUCGAUACAAGGAUGUCUUCCUCCAGAAACCCCAGGUUCCGCCUUCUAACAAGAUGGCCCGGAACCGACAAAUCUUUCCCGCCGAGUGCAGAGAGCGUCACGUAACAUAUCGAGGAAGGCUCUCGGCUACCCUCGAAUAUCGCAUCAAUGGUGGCGAUCCCAUUGAAUUCGUCCGCGAGUUUGGCCAAGUCCCCAUCAUGAUCAAGUCCAACCGAUGCCAUCUUGAGGGCAACUCGCCUGCUCUUCUCGUUGAGCGAAAAGAAGAGUCCGAGGAACUGGGUGGCUACUUUAUCGUCAACGGUAUUGAAAAGAUCAUUCGAAUGCUGCAAUUGAACAAGAGAAACUUCCCCAUGGCCAUCAACCGACCUAGUUUCCAGAACCGUGGCCCCGGCUACACCCCCUACGGUAUCAUUCUCCGCGCAGUUCGACCCGACGAGACGUCCCAGACCAACGUUCUCCACUACCUCAACGAUGGAAACAUGACUUUCCGUUUCUCAUGGCGCAAGAACGAGUAUCUUAUUCCGGUCAUGAUGAUCCUCAAGGCGCUUGUCGAGACCAACGACCGCGAGAUCUUUGAGGGUCUGGUUGGCCCUGUUGGAUCAAAAUCGACCGAAAACACCUUCCUUACGGACCGAAUCGAGUUGCUUUUGCGGACGUACAAGUCCUACAACCUUUACAGCAAGUCGGAGACGAGGGCGUACCUGGGUGAAAAGUUCCGGGUUGUGCUUGGAGUCCCUGACACCAUGUCCAACCUCGACGUUGGUACCGAAUUCCUCCGAAGAAUUGUCCUGGUCCAUCUCGGAAACGUCGACGUGACGGAGGAGCAGGACAAUGAGAAGUUCAAGCUUCUUCUCUUCAUGAUCCGCAAGCUCUAUGCCCUUGUCGCUGGCGAGUGCGCUGUCGACAACCCCGAUGCUGUUCAGAACCAGGAGAUUCUGCUGGGAGGUUUCUUGUAUGGUCAAAUCCUCAAGGAGCGUCUCGAUGAGUUCCUGAGCGUUAACGUCCGCGCAUCCCUGCGAGAUUACCUCCGCCGGAACCCAACUGUUCCCUUUACUUCUGAAGAUUUCCGCAAGGAUUUCCCAAAUAACAUUUUCCGAAAGGCCAACGAGAAUCUCGGAAAUGCCCUAGAGUAUUUCUUGUCCACGGGUAACAUGCAGAGUCCAUCUGGACUUGAUCUUCAGCAGACUGCAGGUUUCACAGUUGUGGCCGAAAAGCUCAACUUUUUGCGAUUCAUCAGUCACUUCCGCAUGGUGCAUCGAGGUGCCUUCUUUGCCCAGCUCAAGACAACUGCUGUGCGAAAGCUGCUCCCCGAGUCAUGGGGCUUCAUGUGUCCUGUCCACACGCCUGAUGGUGCGCCCUGUGGUCUUCUGAACCAUCUUGCGCACAAGUGCAAGAUCAUGACCGAUUCGGUCGACGUCUCCCAUAUUGCGGCUCUUGCUGCCGAGCUCGGAAUCGUUGACGUUUCGUCAGCCUCGACCGAGGAGAAUGUUGUGGUCAUGCUUGACGGCAAGAUUCUUGGUUUCUGCACUCCCAAGGAGUCGGUCAGAAUCGCGGAUUGUUUCCGAUACUGGAAGGUUGAGGGCACACACGGCGUGCCUCUGCAACUGGAGAUUGGUUACGUUCCCCCGUCUCAUGGCGGUUCCUAUCCCGGCAUUUACAUGACGUCCACGCCUGCAAGAAUGGUGCGACCCGUCAAGUACCUCCCUCUCCAGAAGGAGGAUUGGGUUGGUCCCUACGAACAGCCUUACAUGUCCAUCGCCGUGGUGCCGCAGGAGGUCGAGUCUGGAAAGUCUACGCACGUCGAGUUUGAUCCCACCAACAUGCUGUCGAUUCUCGCCAACAUGACCCCCUUCUCGGACUUUAACCAGUCGCCUCGAAACAUGUACCAGUGUCAGAUGGGUAAGCAAACCAUGGGAACUCCCAGCACUAAUCUUCGCUACCGAACCGACAACAAGUCAUACCGCAUACAAACUGGACAAACACCCGUCGUGCGAGCGCCUCUUCACAACACAUAUGGUUUCGACAACUUCCCCAACGGCAUGAACGCAGUUGUUGCUGUCAUCUCGUACACUGGAUACGACAUGGACGACGCCAUGAUUCUCAACAAGAGCGCCCAUGAGCGUGGCUUUGGACAUGGUACCAUCUACAAGACCAAGAAGAUCUCGCUCAAGGAUGACUCGCGAACAAAGGCCACCAAGAGUGUCACCAAGGCUUUUGGCUUCGCGCCUCACAGCUACGUGAGUGCGUCAUACCAGGGAAUGCUGGAUGACGACGGCCUGCCUCACGUGGGCCGCAUGAUCCAGGAGGGAGAUGUAAUCUGCGCGUGGCACACGGUGACGCCCGACUACAAUGGCAAGCUGGUGAACCUGGAUGGCAUCACUCACUACGAAAAGUACAAGGAUGGCGAGACGGGCUUUGUCGAAGAGGUCCGCCUGAUCGGAGCCGAGACCGGCAACGAGCCUCUGCAGACCAUCUCUGUCAAGUUCCGUGUUCCCCGAUCCCCCAUCAUCGGUGACAAGUUCUCGUCCAGACACGGACAGAAGGGUGUCGCCUCGCAAAAGUGGCCAACGGCUGGCGCGCUGCAUGGCCUUGCGCAAGACUCGACACCGUUCAAGUUUGACGAGGAGAACACUGCGGCGGACUAUUUUGGCCACCAGCUGAUGAAGGCCGGGUACAACUACCACGGCAAUGAGCCCAUGUACUCGGGCAUCACGGGAGAGGAGCUCGCAGCUGACAUCUACAUCGGAGUUGUCUACUACCAGCGUCUGCGACACAUGGUCAACGAUAAGUACCAGGUGCGAACCACUGGUCCAGUGGUGCCGACAACAGGCCAGCCCAUCAAGGGCCGAAAGAGGGGUGGUGGUAUCCGUGUGGGAGAAAUGGAGCGUGAUGCGUUGUUGGCUCACGGAACGGCCUUUUUGCUCCAGGAUCGUCUCCUCAACUGUUCGGAUUAUUCCAAGUCGUGGAUCUGCCGCCGCUGCGGUUCGUUCCUCUCUGUGCAGCCCACCGUGUCGCAGUUUGCACCGGGCAAGAAGAAGGCGGCCAGCAUCGUGCGAUGCCGCAACUGCGCCGUCAAGCUGGACGACGCCGAGGGCAUCGACCUCACCGAGAUCCAGGGCGAGAUCUGGGAGGACGGUCAGGGCAACUCUUGGGUUGGUGGUGAUCACACGACGCAGGUUGUUGUCCCCGGUGCUCUCAAGUACCUCGACGUCGAGCUGGCAGCCAUGGGCAUCAAGCUCAAGUACCGCGUGGACCGCGCCGACGAGCCUCGCAAGGGGCCGAUGAGGCCCAUGUCGUUGGAUGGAGUUCGGGUUGGAAAAUAG